AUGGCGGCUCCCGUAGUGGUCGCUCCUGCGAUAAAUCUUCAGCAUAUGGACCUACCUGAAGGAAAUGAAGAUGUAGCAGCUGUGCUUCAAACAUCAACACAGCGCUGGCUCAACGCUGCUGAGUGGAGCAUUCUUUAUAACAACCACAACCUAUUCCCAGAAUCAAACUCAUUUACCAUACCUAUUGAAGUAGAGGGACUUUACAGAGUUGACAACCGCUUUAAUCAAGACAGCAAUACGUGGAGAAACACAAGUGCUCCCUCCACUUGCAAAAAUGCUAUCAACUUCUACAAUGUUAGGAUCGCCACUGGCUUGUACAGGUUUGAUGAUGAUGGGGACAUUGUGAUGGACGCUGAAGUUCAAGGAGGGUGGGUCCUUUGCAGAAAAACCGUGAGGAACAGAGGCCAUUGUGGUACACGUUUGAGUCAUCUCUACAAGCCUGUCUUCGAUCGUCAAUUCAAGAUGCUGAAGAUUCAUAUGAUGGAAGAUAUGAUUAAAGAUGGUGAAGAGAAGAGUCUUGACACUUUCGUGAUAUCCAGGCAACUUACCACUUUCACUGAUCUCACGGGCUGGGCAUUUGGCUCAUCCGUGAUAGUUGAAUUUAAAGUGAGACUUGAGCACUUAAGAGGAAAAUCAAUUCCUAUAGCGUAA